AUUUCUAAUUUUUAUUGUUUUUUCUCUCUCUCUGUGGCGAGGAGGCAUUUAGAAUAGAAGAAGCCAUUUUUUUUUAUUCCCCCCUCCUCCACCUCUCCUUAUUAUUAUUAUUAUUACUACUACUACUACUACUGCCGGGGGAGCAGUCUGGUGUGGGGCGGAGAGAGAAGAGAAGAGCAGAGACGGCGAGAGAGAGAACCCAGGACAAGAAACACACCGAACCACGAAAGGAAAUGGCUGAUAGAACUGCACCGAAAUGCCAACUGCGGUUAGAGUGGGUUUACGGUUACCGAGGUCACCAGUGCCGGAAUAAUCUCUACUACACCGUUGCCAAGGAGGUGGUCUACUUCGUGGCCGGAGUGGGAGUUGUGUACAACACCAGGGAGCACACGCAGAAAUUUUUCCUGGGUCACAACGAUGAUAUUAUCAGCCUCGCUUUACAUCCAGAUAAAAGUUUGGUUGCAACAGGUCAAGUUGGAAAAGAUCCUUACAUCUGUAUUUGGGAUACUUACAAUACACAGACUGUUUCAAUUCUGAAAGACGUUCACACACAUGGAGUGGCUUGCUUGGCUUUUGAUUCUGAUGGGCAGCGUUUAGCUUCUGUGGGACUGGAUGCCAAAAAUACAGCCUGUGUGUGGGAUUGGAAAAAAGGGAAAGUGUUGGCAACAGCAACUGGUCACUCAGACAGGAUCUUUGAUAUUGCCUGGGAUCCAUAUCAGCCAAACAGACUUGUUAGCUGUGGAGUGAAACAUAUUAAGUUCUGGGCAUUAUGUGGGAAUGCACUGACACCCAAAAGGGGCAUCUUUGGUAAAACUGGUGACCUUCAAACUAUUCUUUGUUUGGCAUGUGCUAAAGAUGAGAGCACAUACUCUGGUGCAUUAAAUGGAGAUAUUUAUGUUUGGAAAGGGCUAACCCUGAUCCGCACAAUUCAAGGAGCUCAUGGAGCAGGUAUAUUCAGCAUGUAUGCCUGCGAAGAAGGUUUUGCUACUGGUGGGAGAGAUGGUUGCAUCCGACUAUGGGACACUGACUUCAAGUCAAUCACAAAAAUUGAUCUUCGAGAGACUGAACAAGGUUACAAAGGUUUGUCUAUCAGAAGUGUUUGUUGGAAGGCUGACCGUAUUCUAGCAGGAACCCAGGACAGUGAAAUAUUUGAAGUUAUGGUUCGAGAGCGAGAUAAACCUCUCCUGAUAAUGCAGGGCCACUGUGAAGGGGAGCUCUGGGGCUUAGCGGUCCAUCCCAAGAAACCAUUGGUGGUCACAGGCAGUGAUGAUCGAUCAGUACGUUUGUGGAGCCUUGUUGACCAUGCACUUAUUGCACGCUGCAAUAUGGAAGAGGCAGUACGAUGUGUUACUUUCAGUAGUGAUGGAUCACAACUCGCUCUUGGAAUGAAGGAUGGUUCAUUUACCGUACUCCGCGUCAGGGAUAUGACAGAAGUGGUCCACAUUAAAGACCGAAAGGAAGUAAUACAUGAGAUGAAAUUUUCUCCGGAUGGUUCAUACCUUGCUGUUGGUUCAAAUGAUAGUGUAGUUGACAUCUAUGCAGUUGCACAGCGAUAUAAGAAGGUUGGAGAAUGCAACAAGUCGUUGAGCUUUAUUACACACAUUGACUGGGCCAUUGAUAGCAAAUACUUACAGGUCAAUGAUGGUGCUGGAGAAAGGCUGUUCUACAAGAUGCCGUCUGGAAAACAUUUGACAAAUAAAGAUGAAAUAAAAGGAAUUCAUUGGGCUACGUGGACUUGUGUAAUUGGACCUGAAGCAAGUGGAGUUUGGCCUAAGUACACUGACAUCAUGGAUAUCAAUUCUGUGGAUGCAAACUACGCCAGUGCUGCGCUUGUGUCUGGAGAUGACUUUGGAUUGGUCAAGCUCUUUAGGUUUCCCUGUUUAAAAAAGGGAGCAAAAUUCCGUAAAUAUGUUGGUCAUUCUGCUCAUGUAACUAAUGUGCGCUGGUCACAUGACUUUCAAUGGACAGUGAGUACAGGCGGCGCUGAUCAUUCUGUGUUUCAGUGGAGAUUUAUUCCUGAAGGAGUAACAAAUGGAGGAAUUGAAACCGUGCAAGAAGGCUGUGGUGAUUCUAAUAGUGAGGAAUCGGAUUCAGAUCUAUCGGAUGUGCCAGAAUUAGACUCUGACAUUGAACAGGAAGCCCAAAUCAGCUACGACCGUCAGGUGUACAAAGAAGAUCUACCUCAGCUUAAACAGCAAAGUAAAGAGAAGAAACACACAGCAACCUCUCUGAAAAGAGAGAAAGCCCCCGAAGAAAGUCUGAAACUGCAGUUUGUUCAUGGAUACAGAGGAUAUGACUGUCGAAAUAACCUCUUCUACACACAGGCAGCUGAAGUGGUCUACCAUGUUGCUGCUGUCGCAGUUGUUUACAAUCGGCAACAUCAUUCACAGAGAUUCUAUCUUGGACAUGAUGAUGACAUCCUUUGUCUAGCUCUUCAUCCAAUAAAAGACUACGUAUCUACUGGACAGGUUGGCCGGGAUCCAGCAAUUCACGUUUGGGAUACACAAACACUUAAAUGUUUGUCACUGCUAAAAGGACAUCAUCAGAGGGGAGUGUGUGGGCUUGACUUUUCAGCUGAUGGAAAAAGCUUGGUGUCAGUUGGUUUAGAUGACAACCACACAAUAGUGGUGUGGGACUGGAAAAAAGGAGAAAGGCUAGCAACAUCAAGGGGGCAUAAGGAUAAAAUAUUUGUAGUUAAGUGCAAUCCACUUCAUGCCGAUAAACUUAUUACCGUUGGGAUAAAGCAUAUAAAAUUUUGGCAGCAUGCAGGUGGUGGUCUUAUCUCUAAGCGUGGAAUAUUUGGCAACCUCGGGAAAUUGGAGACAAUGAUGUGUGUGUGCUAUGGUCGGAUAGAAGACAUGAUUUUCUCUGGUGCUGCAAAUGGAGAUGUUUACAUCUGGAAAGACAUUCUUCUGCUGAAGACAAUUAAAGCCCAUGAUGGGCCUAUUUUUGCUAUGCAUGCCUUAGAUAAGGGAUUUGUAACAGGCGGCAAGGAUGGUGUUGUAGCACUCUGGGAUGAUAUCUUCGAGAGAUGUCUGAAGACGUAUGCUAUAAAGAGAGCAUCCUUAUCACCUGGCUCUAAAGGUUUGCUUUUGGAAGACAAUCCUUCAAUACGUGCCAUUACAUUGGGUCAUGGACAUAUACUUGUAGGAACCAAGAAUGGUGAAAUACUUGAAAUAGAUAAAAGUGGACCGAUGACCUUGCUGGUUCAGGGUCAUAUGGAGGGGGAGGUCUGGGGCCUCGCAGCACAUCCUAUUCUUCCUAUCUGUGCCACUGUAAGUGAUGACAAAACACUUCGGAUUUGGGAAUUCUCUUCCAACCACCGUAUGCUAGCAGUACGUAAACUUAAAAAAGGUGGAAGAUGUUGUGCCUUCUCACCAGAUGGAAAAGCCUUAGCUGUAGGGUUGAAUGAUGGAAGUUUUCAUGUAGUGAAUGCUGACACCCUGGAGGAUAUGGUGUGUUUUCACCACAGAAAGGAAAAUGUAUCAGAUAUCAGAUUUUCAUCAGAUGCAGGGAAAUUCCUGGCAGUAGCUUCCCAUGACAACUUUGUGGACAUCUAUAAUGUGCUUACAAGCAAAAGAGUUGGCAUAUGUAAAGGGGCAUCGAGUUACAUCACCCAUAUAGACUGGGAUGCAAAAGGGAAGUUAUUGCAAAUUAAUUCAGGUGCCAAAGAGCAUCUGUUUUUUGAAGCACCAAGAGGGAGGAGACAAACAAUUAGAAAUACGGAGAUAGAGAAGAUAGAUUGGGCAACGUGGACGAGUGUUUUAGGACCAACCUGUGAAGGAAUCUGGCCUACACACAGUGAUGUUACAGCAGUCAAUGGAGCGUGUCUAACCAAAGACAAAAAACUCUUAGCCACGGGAGACGACUUUGGCUUUGUGAAGAUCUUUUCUUUCCCAGUUAAGGGCCAGUAUGCAAAGUUUAAAAAGUAUGUGGGCCACAGUGCUCAUGUGACUAAUGUGAGGUGGGCACAGGAUGACUGCUUGCUGCUGACAGUGGGUGGUGCUGAUACUGCUUUGAUGAUCUGGAGUCGUGAAACAGAUGGAAACAGAGACAGCAAGCAUGUGGAUAGUGAGGAGUCUGACACCGACACAGACGAGGACGGAGGGUAUGACAGCGAUGUUGCAAAAGAGAAAUCUAUUGAUUACACAACAAAAAUCUAUGCAGUUAGUAUCAGGGAGAUGUCGGGCACAAAACCACAUCUACAGCCAAAAGAAGUCUCAACAGAAGAAAGGCAGGGAAUUGUCAAGGGAUCCAGACCACCUGUCAGCAGAGCAGCUCCACAACCAGAGAAACUACAAAAGAAUAAUAUUACCAAGAAGAAGAAGGUGGUGGAGGAACUUGUCUUACAACAUGUAUUUGGGUACAGAGGAUUUGACUGUCGCAACAAUCUUCAUUAUCUCAAUGAUGGUGCUGAUAUUGUUUUUCACACAGCUGCUGCUGGCAUUGUCCAGAAUCUAUCAACAGGUCUGCAGACUUUUUAUGUGGAGCAUACAGAUGAUAUCCUCUGUUUAACUGUCAAUCAACAUCCAAAAUACAAAAAUGUUGUGGCAACUGGGCAGAUAGGUGAUAUUGCAGACGUAUCAGGAACAACUCCGUCUAUUCAUGUGUGGGACACCGUAACCAAGCAAACACUUUCUAUUCUGCGCUGCACCCAUGGUAAAGGCGUCAGCUAUGCUAACUUCAGUGCCACUGGGAAGUUGCUGUUAUCAGUGGGUGUCGAUCCGGACCACACUAUCACUAUUUGGAGAUGGCAAGAAGGUGCCAAAGUUGCCAGCAAAGGUACCCACUCUGAGAGGAUUUUUGUGGUCGAAUUCCGUCCAGAUUCAGACACUCAGUUUGUGUCCGUGGGAGUAAAACAUAUAAAAUUUUGGACCUUGGCUGGUGGAGCUUUACUGUCAAAAAAAGGGAUCGUUGGCUCCAUAGAAGAUGCAAGGAUACAGACCAUGCUGUCUGUUGCCUUUGGUGCAAACAAUCUUACGUUCACUGGUGCCAUAAAUGGAGACGUGUAUGUCUGGAGAGAUCAUAUUCUUACUCGAGUUGUAGCAAAAGCUCAUACAGGACCUGUUUUUACCAUGUACACAACCCUGAGGGAUGGCUUGAUUGUCACUGGAGGCAAAGAAAGACCGACAAAAGAAGGAGGUGCAGUAAAGCUCUGGGAUCAGGAAAUGAAGCGUUGCCGAGCGUUUCAGCUGGAGACAGGACAGAUGGUGGACUGUGUUCGUUCUGUGUGCAGGGGCAAGGGAAAAAUAUUGACAGGAACUAAAGAUGGCGAGAUAAUUGAAGUUGGAGAAAAGAAUGCAGCAUCCAAUAGCCUAAUUAAUGGACAUAUGGAAGGAGAGAUUUGGGGUCUAGCCACACACCCUUCUAAAGACCUCCUAAUCUCUGCAAGUGAUGAUGGAACUAUAAGAAUCUGGGAUCUGGCUGAUAAAAAGUUGCUAAACAAAGUGAACCUUGGUCAUGGUGCAAAGUGUGCUGCUUACAGCCCUGAUGGAGAAAUGGUUGCAAUUGGCAUGAAGAAUGGAGAAUUUGUUAUUCUGCUUGUUAACUCGCUGAAAGUCUGGGGAAAGAAACGAGACCGAAGUGCUGCCAUCCAGGAUAUCAGGUUUAGCCCUGAUUCCAGAUACCUGGCUGUGGGUUCUAGAGAGAAUACUGUUGAUUUUUAUGAUCUGACACAAGGACCUACCUUAAACAGAACAGGAUACUGCAAAGACAUCCCUAGUUUUGUUAUCCAGAUGGAUUUCUCAGCUGACAGCAAAUACAUUCAGGUAUCAAUGGGUGUCUACAAGCGUCAGGUGCAUGAGGUUCCAUCAGGAAAGCAAGUAACUGACCAGACUCAGAUUGAGAAGAUCACAUGGGCUACAUGGACCAGUAUUCUGGGAGACGAGGUGCUGGGUAUUUGGCCACGAAAUGCUGAAAAAGCAGAUGUUAACUGUGCCUGCGUAUCUCAUGCUGGAUUAAACAUAGUGACUGGGGAUGACUUUGGUUUGGUGAAGCUUUUCGACUUUCCUUGCACAGAAAAAUAUGCCAAACACAAGCGCUAUUUUGGCCAUUCCGCUCAUGUGACCAAUGUGCGUUUUUCCCAUGAUGACAAGUUUGUUGUGAGUGCAGGUGGUGACGACUGCAGUAUAUUUGUCUGGCGAUGCCUUUGAAGGAAGAAUUAAAUGGUCAGAAGAUUGAACCCUGAAUGACUCCAGAAGAACUUGGCUGCUAUAAAGCAAAAAUACUUAAAAGGUGCAUAUAUAAAAAGAUUUUUGUGUAAGUGUUGUACAAGUUUCCACAAUACGUACAUUGUGAUUGUGAAGCUUGUGAUGUGAAGGUCACUGAGGAUGCUGAAGAUGAAAUCAGUUAUACAGUCUGCAUUAGGACAAUAGCUAAUGCCUUAGUCAACUUGUGACUUUUUAAAGAAUAGUACAGUUUGACUUAGAUUAGCUAGUCAAAAAAAGUCACCUGAAGAAGGUGCUUUCAAAAUUACCUCCUCUAAAGUGAAUCUUACCAGGUGUUUACAUAUUGCAGCAAAUGCACACCUCAAAAUGACUCUCAAAAUGUCCUGUGAACCUAAUACACUGUGGGGGCAAUUAUCACAGAGUGAUCUUCAAACCGGUUUGUUGCCGACAUAAUGCAAUAUCACUCUGCUACAAGAGAUAUGCUGCAGAAUUUAGUCCUAAUAUAAGUUUACAUGUACAUUUUUUUUCAGGGUAGAACGUACUAAGGAAUUUUACUAGUAUAUAAGCUUUAAAAGGUUUACAUUAUUCUUCAAGGUGCAAAAGGCUUAAUCUGUUUAAUAAAUUCAUCAGCACUAGAAACUUUAUGAACUACGGUUACCUGAAAUUAACAGGAAAUUCACCUGUGUUGGUAGUUAAUGCCCGUUAUAUUGAGAACGUAGUAAAAUUUAGGGUGAUUGUGUCACAGCGCAUUGAACAUUGUCUAAUUCCACUGCAGUAGAUAAAGGUUUCCUUUUUUUUGUGAAUAUAAAUUUCAGCCCAGUGUGAAUCAAGGUUGUACCAGGGUAGUCUUGUAAGAGUCCUGGCUCAGUGGUGACCUGGGUUCGAUUGCC